ACGACCGGGCAAGGUCCACACGGAUUAAAGAUGGCGCCCUCUCACGCGUUCCGGUGCUGCAAACGAGCUCUAAACUGGACACCUGUUUUGUUUAUAAAUCUGGUAAUUGGCUGGUCCUACUACGCGUAUGUCGUGGAGCUGUGUGUGUAUACAAUCCCAAAGGAUGCGGAACGAAUCAGCUAUUUGGUCGUCUUUCAUUUGUUCUUCGCCAUGUUUAUAUGGUCGUACUGGAAGACGAUCUGGUCCAAACCAGCCAAACCUUCCGUGGCCUUUGCUCUGCCCAGUGCAGAGAAGGAGCUGUACGAGAGGGAGCAGCGAGCUGAGGUGCAGCAGGAGAUUCUGAAAAAAGUUGCGAGGAGUCUGCCUGUGUAUACUCGCACGGCGGGAGGAGCUGUUCGAUAUUGUGACUUCUGUCAGGUGAUCAAACCUGACCGCUGUCAUCACUGCUCCACCUGUGAAAUGUGCGUCCUGAAAAUGGACCAUCACUGCCCCUGGGUGAAUAACUGUGUAGGAUUCUCAAACUACAAGUUCUUUGUCCUGUUCCUGACCUACGCCGCCCUGUAUUGCGCUGUGAUUUGUGCAACAGUCAUGCAGUAUUUCAUCAAAUUCUGGACCAAACAACUGCAUGACUCGCACGCCAAAUUCCACAUUCUGUUCCUGUUUUUUGUGGCCGCACUUUUCUUCAUCAGUGUUGUGUCACUUCUGGGGUACCAUUUAUGGCUUGUAGGAAAGAACAGGACAACUAUAGAGGCCUUCAGGGCUCCUGUUUUUCCAAACGGUCCAGACAAAAACGGCUUCUCUCUCGGCUUUCGGCGGAAUGUAGUGGAGGUGUUUGGAGACCAGGCUAAGUACUGGAUUUGUCCCAUUUUCUCAAGUCAGGGAGAUGGACAUUCGUUUGUCACCAGAUUGGUGCACAUUGAUCCUGAACAAGCAAACACCGUCCUCCAGCAGAAUGGCAAAAUCCCCUCAGACAGAGAGAACAGUCCUGGUGUUGAAGUUAACACAGAUGAUGACACAAAGGAGAAAACGGAAGGAGACCAGGCGGUAGUUGUUAUGAUGGAUUGCAAGCCAUAGAGGUCACGGGCUCAUCUGCAAAGUCUCUCUGGUGCCUUAAGCUCAGGACUUCCACAGGAGUUCUCCUCAUCCAGAAGGUCCUCAAAUGUUGUUGCAGGACCAACUUCAGCACUAUAACGGGCAUUCGUCAUGGUGACAGAGACUUCCUGACCAAACUGGACUGCACCAGUCUGAAGCAGAAGACAUUUGGGAUUUAGUCUUUUUUUUAAUGAGCUAAAGACAUUUCUAUAUUUGUUUUUAGGGUAUCUACGUACUUCUUGAAGCCUGUGGAUGUCUUCACAGUAUCAUUUCAUAAAUUAUUCACCUAUUUCCAGAUAUAUCCUUUAUAUAUCCUUUACCAGUAUUACCAAAGCUUUUUGCUAACAGUCUUGAAGCUGAUAAAUAGCAGUCCUACUGAAGAUGUAUAGAUAUAUAUAUUUAUGACUGAACUAAUGGAAGACAGUUGCUGUUUGCAUGUGCAAUUACUACGGCCAGUGCUCAAAUUCCAAAUGGUCUUAAACUCAGUUUACAGUUUAUAUUUAAAGAUGCUUUUUUUUUUAGGUUAUAAAACAUUUUUGAUUUUUAUUAUUUUUUUUUUUUUGCAUUUUACACUCUGAAUAAACUGAUGACUUAAGGAUGAAAGCAAAACGGUAGGAAGCACCAGCUGUGAGGGUGAAGUUGCCUCUUAACAUUGCACUAUGUGCUUGAUGCUUUUUAAUGUUUUAUAUUUUAGGAGGUGGAUCCAUGUGUGUCAGAUAUUAACAUGUGUGCAGAACAGCGUGGGUAUGAUCUGAGUGGUGUUUGGAAGCACUUCUAUGUAGACAUACCUCUGCUGUGAGUCUGUAACUUCUAACCUGGCAGCUUGAGCUGGUAAUGAAGUCUGAUUUGUAAAUAACUAGAUUUUUUGAUAUAUUCUAAUUCAGGGUGAUCCUAAAACAAUAAAUUAGAUUUAUUGAACUUCAAAAAUUGUUUGUUUUACUGCAGAUAUUAUCUCUGGAUAAUUAAAAUCAUUUUAAAGAACUA